GAGCUCCAGUCUAGAGUGUUCAGUCGAUCGGCUGGUCUAGUACCGUCACCACCACCGUUUUCAAUAGUUUGCACACGGCAAAUUCUCGAUAUACAACAGCUCCGAGGAAAUUAUUCUCUCUUUGAAUCAGAAUGACCAUGAAAUGGUUAUUGGCGUGUGCGCUUUUAUUGACGGUCGGUGCGGGCGCGGUUGACGGUCGCCAGCGAUCGCUGAUCAAAACUUGUCCAGAAGGUUACGAGUUGGUGGAAAAUCCUGUAUCAGGUAAAGCCGAAUGCGCUUGCCUUCCGUAUCAUCUGUACUGGCCCAUGGAUGGGAUCUGCUACCGUGAAAUGACGCAAGGCCCUUGCAAACCCGGGCACAAGCUGAUUUGGAAUUCCCAACUCGAGACAUCCGAGUGCCAGUGCCCACCGUUCUGGACCCGACUUACGUCUGAUGGCGAGUGCUACGAGGAGUACACACAAGGUCCUUGCCAAAAAGGUCAACUCUUGAUUCAGGAACGUUGCACUUGCAGCCAGAACUUGACCAUGCACUACCACCCCGAUUCAGGUCAAUGUUUUGAACUGUACACCAGAGGGCCAUGUUCGUCUGGAAAAGUGCUCCAUUUUAACUACAGCACAUUGCGCCCGGAAUGCGUUUGCCAAGAAGGACACGUCGAAUGGGACGACGGCAACUGUUACCAAGUUAAUACGCAGCGCGUAGGGCCAUGCAACGCGACUCAAUGUCCUCAGGAAACGCCAAUUUCUUGUUUCGUGAGCGAUGCUGACGGUACGACUGUCAGCUCAGCCAGAUGUGCUUGUUUGCCGGCAUCCUCCCUGAUGGACAACGGUCGCUGCUACGCCGCCUAUAACCAAGGACCCUGUGAAUACGGUCACUGGUUCGUCUACGAUCGCACCCAACAGCCAGCCCAAUGUCUACCUAAAAAGAACUGUCAGCGAUUCGACAACUGGUACUCCUGGCCGCAGGACGGCAAUUGCUACAAACAGUGGAGACAAGGACCGUGCCAAUUUGGCGAGCUUUUCUAUCUCGAUCCAGAGACGGGCAGAACGUCUUGCCAAUGUAAGAGUUCCUGGUUGGCGCAUUUAUUUGAAGGGAAAUGUUAUGAACAUCACUCGGUUGGUCCAUGCCCAGCUGGGCAAUAUUUCAAUUUCGACCCCGUCACCAAAAAGACCGGAUGCACCUGCUUCACCGCUUUUGCGCCUGAUGUAGAAAAAGGAAUUUGCGUCGAAAAACUGACUCAAGAUAAAUGUCCGCUCGGUCAAUUAAUUACGGCCGACGCCGUCACUGGCCAAUCCAAGUGCGACUGUCAGGCAGACACGAUGAAACAAAAUUACUGGCCGGCCGAUGGAAAGUGUUACCAGCAUUUGACUCAAGGGCCUUGUCUAAAAUCGAUGCUCUUCCGUUUGGACGAUCAAACCUCUCUCCCGGCUUGUUUGCCGCCCAUCGUCAGCAGUAGCGGCCUCCGCAAAAAAAGGAGCGCGCCAUUCAAGAAGCUGUCGGCGACGCAUUAAAUUAUAUAUUUUUUUUUAGCUUGUUAUUAUUAUACAUCGUAACUCGUCGCUAUAGCCUCAAUAAAGGGAAGACAUGCAAGAAGAGAGAGUACAGAAAAGCUGGAGCAAACAUAUGGAGGAUCGCUAUCAAAAUGUGCGGUACGGUGGCAGCAAAAACGUUUGGAGGUUAUGUACACAUCAUCCACUGGUCACUUACAUGAAUUAAAAAUACCAUCUCCAAUUAAAUAACACCUUGAACUGAGCAGUGAAGUAAAAUACACGUAUAAUUUCUUUUACGAUA